AUGGAGGAAGACCUACUUGGCAUCUUUGAUAGCCAGCCCCAAGACUCAGUCGUCCAAGCAGAAAGUUUCGAGCACUUACAGUAUUCAGAGGAUCUUUGGGACUCAUUGGAUAACAUUUCAUGGCAUAAUAAAAAAAUGGCUAAGAAUUCUAAGAUAUUAACUGAAUUCUUAAGAGGAAUUACCAAAAGCUCAGAGAAUUUUGUGUCAGGAAUCCAUAAACUAACAGAUACCUUUGAGAGAGAGAUCAGAGCAGAACCUACCACUAAUGAUACAACUUUUAUCUGCCUUACUGGACUUUCAGGACGAGUAAGAACAAUGACAGAGUUUCUUGACUGUCACUUGAACAUGGCUAUGAAUAAAUGAGUUGAGCCAAUAGAUGAAUUUAUGAAGACUUAUUCCCACAAAACAUCUACUUAUCUGCAAGAGGCACAGAAGUUCAGAUAUGAGCUUAAAACAGCCGAGAAAUAACUUAAAACGGACCCAGAACAAGGAUAGAUAUGAUAUGGACAUUGAGAAGGCUAUCCAAGAUCAUGAGAAAGGAGUCAUCACCUUUGCACAAGUUCAGAAGAGAUCUAACCAAACCUUUGAUAUCAAAAAGCAAACAGAGCUUAGCUACCACGAGUAUAUCGAAGAACUGGAGGAUUUCAAUAAGUUGGUAGAUGAUUCACAAGUGCUGUACAAAGACUGGCUUAAUAAAAUCCAAGAUCAGGACGAGCUCCGAGUCGAUGCUACUAAGACUUGCCUAAAGAAGUUCUUUAAUACCUUUGAAGACCUUGGUGAGAUAAUUACCGAAAAGUUGUCCGAAGCUAUUAGUUCAGUCGAUCAAAUGAACCCUCAGACUGAUAUCAGAAUUUUUAUUGACGAAAAUAGAUCUCAAAAGGAAUUUUACAAAAAGAAAGAAUUCAUUUCGUUUGACUAUUCGAAGAAAAUGAUCCAGAAUAAACGAGAAAGGCUCAAUAGCGGAGAAUCUUUAGAAGAUUUUAUUGAUUUUGGAAGAAGCCAAUCAGUCGACUCUCCUGCUUCAAGGAACUCUAUUGGAGUGAGUUCAAGUAAAACUUUUGAAGACAACUCAGGACAAGAAGAGCAUGAUUUACUCGGGCUUGACUCAAUCCAAGAUUUGAAGGAAGAAAGGAAGGAAACUGAUGAUUUCAAUUCCAACAAAGAUUUCGUAAAACAUGCAAUUGAAGGUCUUUUCACAGGGAAAGAGCUUAGUAAGGAUGACCAACUGAAAGUAUUUGAACUGAUUCAUGAAGACUACAUUAGUGCUGUCCUGUCUAACCAUCUAAAUGCUAUCAAGAGCCCUCGAAGAAUUGAGAAUGUGGAGAUUCUAAAGUGCUUGGCAGAGAUUAUAAAGUACCUGAUUACAGUGUCUAUCCAUGAUAAGCAAAAUGAUUUCAACAUUGUUCUAUCAGUCCUAGGAUGCUCACAGUACGUGUAUGCCAUAGACAAUAUUUCCAUGAGGAAGAUCUUACUGACUCAUCUGAUCAAGAACCAUGGUAUCUGGCAGGACAUCUCUAAGUGGAUUCUCUGGAUAUACAAAGUCAUUGAGAACAAAAGGCAAGAAUUCAAUGAAAGGAGGAAAAGCAUGAAUUAUAUCAAUGGAGUUGAAGAACCCUCUAAAAGAGUAGGCUCAAGGCUCUUUGGAGGUAUCAAAGGACUAGGCAGGUAUGUGCUUGGUAAAGGGACUAGUGAAGAUGAGGCUCAGAAUGAAGCCAUCUCCAAAAACCUCAUUUUUAAUGUCCUUAGUCAGUUUGUAUAUCAUUUUGCGAAUUUUGGAGUAUCGUUAAAAGGUGGUAAGAAGCUUGUAUUGUAUUUUUGAGAGAAAUAUUCAAUACCUAAAGUACAAGUUCACACUGUCUUGACCGAGCUUGAAGCAGUUUCAAGAAGAGGUGGGCAAAUCCUUACUGAGACUGAGAAAAUGAUGAUUCCGAUGCUAAAACGAAACGAAAGGUUGAAAAAGUAUGGCCAUGAUAAUAAUACGAUGGUUCUCGGUCUUGUGAUACCUUACAUUGGAGAUGACACAACAUGCAUAAAUAUUUUGAAAGCAUGCAGGGUAUUCAAUGAAGUACUGAAGGAUAAAGUAUACAAGCAUUGCUUAUUGCACACAGAUAAAAAGCCUUUGAAUUAUUCAAAACGGUGCGCUAUUUGGUCAUUUUUCUUGAGAAUCAAGGAAAACGUGAUUGAAUAUGAAGCUUUGAAAAACAAAAUCAAUGACAAUCCUGAGUUAAUAGAAUCUGUCAGUGAAGUCAUUACUUUGGAUGUUAAUAGGUCAUAUACCAAUAUCAAAAAUCUAGACCAGGUGGGUUUGAAAAACAUUCUAAGGACUUAUGCGUUCUAUAACUCUGAAGUGAGAUACUGACAAGGAAUGAACUUCCUGGCUGGCUUCUUGCUCAUGUUUUAUCGGAAUGAAAAUAUUGCAUUCAAAGCGUUUAGCGGACUAAUUGAAGUCAACAACAUGGGAGAUCUUUUCAAAGAUGAUUUACCUUUGCUAAAGCAGUAUUUCUAUAAACUUGACAGGCUCAUCAGCAUGUACUUACCUGAUUUAUACAGUCAUUUCAAGGAUGAAACAGUGCAGGCAAGCUUGUUUGGAGCAAGCUGGUUCAUCACCUUAUUCGCGAAUACCAUCCAAUUCCAAAAAUCUGAAGUAAUAAACGAAGCUUUGUUGAAAUUAUGGGACUACUUCAUUGUGUUCGGUUAUGAGGGUGUUUUCCGCGCAUCAAUAUUCUUGUUAAAAACAUUUGAGCCGAUCUUCUACCAGCUAAGUUUUGAACAGAUAUUGGCGUUUAUUCCUCAAACACCUAGAUUCAUCUUCACUCCUAAUGAAGAAGAGGAGGAUCUCUCCAAUGAAGAGAUGAUUAAGCACUUGCUAUCUGCAUCAGUACAGAAUGAGAAUGGUAUUAUCACUCAGAAAAUCAUCGAGAUCCGGGCUGAAAUAGACUCAACCAAUAACUUGCAUCACUAUCUGAUGCAGACUAAUAUUCCUAGCUUCAUUUUGGAGAAAAUAGACACAGAGUAUUAUGAGAGUGAGAAGCACAGUGAGAUAGAUAACUACUUAAACGACACUGAGUAA